AUGUCUCUUAUUUUUGUCAUUAAUAAUGAGUUGAUAUAUCUUGUUCACUAUGUCAUUGACUACAUUGAGCUUACCGUCCCUAUUAUGGACUCCACUGCUUUGUUACAUAAUCCUGCCAAUGGUACUGCCGCGUCCUCCUGGAGUUCGUUUGCUGCUCACAAUGGUGCGUCCUCUCUCUCUGCUGGUUUCCACAAGGGAAAGAAAAGGUCUUUCUCUCGCGAGCGUGGUUCUCAGUCUCCCAAGAAGUCAUGGGACUUCAAGAAGGCGAUGAAGGAUAGCAUCUGUUUCUCAUGCAAGGCUCCCUGGGUUAAGGGACACUCCUGUCCGGAACGGGAGAAGUACUUGACAAAGGUGUCAAGGAUGGCAGUCUGCUUCUCUGCUGGUAGACCAGCAAGAGCUUCCACUAUGGUUGAGGGGAGUUCCUCGUUGUCUUGGUCAGAGUACCAAGACAACACUAGUGCUCUGGCCAAGAUGGCAUUAGAUUGUAAGUACAAUCUUAAAGACAUGGCUAUUAAAAGAGAUUUUAAGAACAUGAGCACUAAUAUUACCUUUCCUAUUUUGGCAAAUAAUUCUAUUAGAAUCAUCUUCUUGUUGGACUGUGGGGCCACGUUCAGUUCGGUGGACAAGAAUUUUUGCUUGAAGAAUGGAAUAGCCAUUAGUUAUAUCAAUCACAUUAAUAAAGAUUUGUUGAACAAAAACAAUGUUCAUAAGUAUUUUAUUCGUUUGGCUGAUAGCAAUACCCAGAUUAAAAGAAUCGGUGCUUGUGUGAUCAGUGUAACUUGCAAUAGUAAGACUAUUCAACGCGAGUUUGAAGUGAUGAAUUUAACUAAUAGUCAUGAGUAUGAUUUCAGUAUUGGUACUGAUUAUAUGUCUUCUCUUGGUAUUGGUAUUUAUGGUUUACCUUUAUCAUAUGAUGAUGCUGAUUCAAGUGAGAAACGUAGAGAAGCCGAUAGACGCUUCAAUAAUAAGAGUGAUCUUUUUGAAUCCAUUGCAAGAGAAAAUGAACAAAAGGAAAAUAAUCCGGCUGUAGGUCCCAAACAGUUUGAGGAUGCUAUGGAUUAUAUUUGA